CCGUGGAGGUCAGAGUAAAGGAAAUUCCCAUGAGUUCUGAGCUAGGAGGGGGUGGGGCAGUAAGGGCCCCAGAGCUCAGCUCCUGUUUGGCUGGGCUUCACCUUGGGUGUGGGGGCGUACCUUUCCGGAAGAGAUUGAAAUCUUUUUAUAUGCAAAACUCGGAAACGAAACUUGAGUCACGGGGUCACGUUAAGGUGCUCUUCUCUUUAACUUUAGUGGAGUGUGGCACCUGUCCUUUUCACAGAGGUGUCUGGAGAGCAGAGCCAGAGCGGGUUCCAGGAUUUGCUGCUCAACAACGGCAUGCAAAUGGAGGCUCCUGGCCCAGGAACACAUUUGCCAGCUGGGUAUGCCCCUCAGUAUCCACCAUCAGCAUUCCAAGGACCUACAGAACAUACUGGACACCCCAAACUCCAAACUCACUACCAAAGUCUCCAGUCUGGUUACCCACGGCCUCGGGCUGGCUACACAGACUUAACAGCUGGCAGUGAAGGUUAUAAUGCAACCCGACUUCCUAUUCAAAAUAACCAGACUAUCGUCCUUGUUAAUACCCAGUGGAUGCCAGCACCACCACCUCUUCAUAACUGCCCACCUGGGCUAGAAUACUUAAGUCAGAUAGAUCAGAUUCUGAUUCACCAGCAAACGGAACUUCUGGAAGUCUUAACAGGCUUUGAAACAAACAAUAAGUUUGAAAUCAAGAACAGCCUUGGGCAGAUGGUUUACCUAGCUGUGGAAGACACUGACUGCUGUACUCGAAACUGCUGUGAAGCAGCUAGACCUUUCACCUUGAGGAUCCUGGAUAAUCUGGGCCGAGAAGUCAUGACUCUGGAGAGACCCCUGAGAUGCAGUAGCUGUUGCUUCCCCUGCUGCCUCCAGGAGAUAGAAAUCCAAGCUCCUCCUGGUGUGCCGGUAGGUUAUGUGACUCAGACCUGGCACCCUUGUCUGCCAAAGUUGACUCUUCAAAAUGAGAAGAAGCAGGAUGUUCUAAAAGUUGUUGGCCCAUGUGUUGCAUGCACCUGCUGUACAGACAUUGACUUUGAGAUCAAGUCUCUUGAUGAGCAAUCUAGAAUUGGCAAGAUCUCCAAGCAAUGGUCUGGGUGUGUGAAAGAGACCUUCACAGAUUCAGAUAACUUUGGGAUCCAGUUCCCACUAGACCUGGAUGUGAAGAUGAAGGCUGUGACACUCGGGGCAUGUUUCCUCUUAGAUUACAUGUUUUUUGAAGGCUGUGAAUAGGAAUGAAGUCGUCAGUGUGAUGGGGACUAAUGACGAUAACAGAGAAGAAUUGACAUCUCCACAAUGAGACCAUGUAAAUGGGAACUAAUCGGUGGCUGUAUUUUUCUAUAUUGAAAUUUCUCAGAAUUAAGCUAUAAUACAUGAGGCAUAAUGUGUACAGUUUUGCUUUCUAAAUGACAGUUUAUCUUCUACAUAAUUGGAAUCGACGUGGGCUUAAUUCUUUAAACACAUCUAAAUUAAUAAAAAUGAAAAUGUAUAUUUAGAAAUAAAACAUUUUAUGGAAAAGUAAGUGAAAUCAUAAUCUGAUUUAUUUCUCAUUUUCUGUUCCAUUUAAACCU